AUGGAGCAUCCCGUAGCAUUUGGCUCCAGACCUUGGCCGACAUUACCAUUGACUUUCCGGCGCAUCCCACGCAGCAAGAUGCACCGGGUGCUCCAGUUGGCUCGGCGCGGAUCAAAGCCCAUCUUUGGCUUGGGGAUUGUGCCCCCCACUUCGGGCACAACCUCCUUGCAGGGGCAUCUGCGUCACUUCUGCUCAUCAGAUGGCCCAGACGUUAAAGAUCUCCUCAAGUCUCUUCCUGCUGCUAUGUCUGCUUUGAGGCGAUGGCGGGCUUUCAUCCAGGUAGCGACCUGGGAGCAGCUCCAGCACAAGCUCAACAGCGCUAAGUCCUGGCUCACUGGGCAGGGAGCUGCCACUGAUAAAGCUGUACAGGAUGCACAGCAUAAAGUGGAACAGAACGGUGGGAAAAUUGUUUCGAGCGAGUCAUGCGGACGGCGGUUCGUCGAUCACAAAGGCUAUCAGGUGGAACGCUGGCACCAGGCAGUCGACGGGCUGAAGCAAGAGCUCGAACUCUGGGACACUGAAGCAGCACCAUUUAAGAAUGCGUUGAUUCGCGAUGAGGGCAAAGGUGUCCAUUUCAUCGAGAAAACAAGCACGGGAAAGAGGAUUGCCACUGCAUACAUAGCCUACCGCAUAGUCAAGCAUGAUAGCAGGAUUGACAUCAUCUACGGGAAGCACGAAGAAUCCAUGGAGGUGAGCGGGGAAGCAACACCACUGCCCACUCAGAACUGCAUUCAGUAUGAUGGCCGCACCUUCUCCGUGUGGCCGCCGGCCCAUCCGCACAGCCGAGAAAGAGGAGAAGACAUGGAGGGGUUGGUUGUUGAUGUUCCCGGCGGGUGGCGAGUCGUAGAUUCUUCCCAGGCAGGCUUCGAAAACGUUGCCAAGUGGGUGGUGGCUCCAUACGGUUGGCACGCGGACGUUUUGGUGACACAAGGUCCGGAGGGCAUUUUCGAACUCUGGAAAUCUGCACGGUAUGGAUCCUACGCAGGACUCAGGCUUGACGCAUCGUCAUGUCCAGUGAAGAAGAUCGACGAGUCCCGCUACCAACUUAUACACGCUAGUUAUCGGCUGCUCAUCGAGGCGCUUCCUGCGGCCAGCCCGGAGCUCGUGAACAACUGGAAGCGCUACGUCCAGCUCUCUGCACAGCGCGAAUGGUCCCAGCGCCUGGGUAUGCCACUUGCAGUGCCACGAGAUUAG